ACAAGGAUCAGAAUGGGUUGCUUGAAGCCUCUAGUCCUUGCUGUUCUUAUUAUCUCUUCCUUUGCUUUGGUUGCAGAGAGCCGGGUCUCCAGGAUGGACCUGGACUUAGGCCUGGGACUUGGCCUUGGACUUGGUGUUGGCGUAGGAGGUGGUGGUUCCGGUUCCGGCUCCGGCUCCGGCUCCGGCUCCGGCUCCGGCUCCGGCUCCGGCUCCGGUUCCGGUUCCGGCUCUGGCUCGGGAUCUGGGUCUGGAGCUAGUUCUUCUGCAGGCUCGGGUGCCAGUUCUUCUGCAGGGUCCGGCUCGGGAUCUGGGGCCAGUUCGUCCGCAGGUUCGGGUGCCAGUUCUUAUGCAGGUUCGGGUGGGAACUCGGGGUCUGGUGGAGGCUAUGGCGAAGGUCAUGGAUGUGGGUGUGGUGGUGGAAACGGCAACUAAGAUAGUAAAAUUACGUACUUGUGCUGUACCAACUUAAUGUUAUUAUAGAUAUGAAUAAGGAGAUGGUGAAUAAGAAUGCUGAUGUUUUUUUUUUUGGUUAAAGAAGAAUGCUAAGAAGAAUGCUUAUGUUUUCAU